AUGGAUCUCUCGGGCCUCUCAUCGUCGGAGCAGCAGGCUAUGUCCCGCAUCAUCGAGCAGAAGCAGAUGAAGGACUUCCUCAAGCUCUACACGGGUCUCGUCGAACGAUGCUUUGAAUCGUGCUGCAACGAUUUCACGUCGAAAUCACUCAGUUCCAAAGAGGACACAUGUGUCUCGAACUGCAUUCAAAAGUUCCUCAAGCACUCGGAGCGUGUAGGUGCGCGAUUCGGCGAGGAAAACGCAAAGAUGAUGGCACAGCAGCAGAACAAGUGA